AUGUAUCAUAUCAGGGCCAAUAUUCUGGAGAUUUUGUUCUGCAAAGCUUUCAGGUCGAUGCAGCGUGUUCUUACCAAGGAUGAAAUCGCUUCGAGUUACUAUGGACUCAAUGUUACGACGCCACUCAUUCAGGGACGUGGUCAGAGAGGUGGUCAGGGACUGAGCUUCCUCAAGUUGAAAGCUUCCAAAGCAAUUUCCGGAUCUCCUGAUGACAAACCCAAGCUUGGCUGGGAUUUCGUCAAGCUCUCAAGCAAAAACCGCGAGACGAUCACAGCUUCGCUAGCGACUGCAGUAAAUAAAGAGCGUUUUAUGGAGAACACAGAGGACCCCAACCUGGACUCAUUGGGAAGGAUACGUCGGUUGCUGUUGGUUAGCUUCUAUGGUCACUGCACGGGUUGCGGCUUCAACGCAUCAAAUACACUUGUGUGGACCCCGAACUUCAAUGACGUCUCAAUCCUCGAUGUGGAGGGCCUGAAUCAAAUGUUGCAGACCGUGUCCGCAGCUGCGUUGGCUCUCGAGAAGCACGCUACGCUCAUCAGGGCGAGUCGGCUACAGGUCAUAUUCUUGUGCGGACUUUUGGCCGGACACACGAUUCGGACUGCCUUGGGGCUUUCUCAAAGAUUCAUGCUCGAGCUCCGCGGUUGUAAAUACCCCAUAUAUGUCGACGACGGCACUGGUUCCGGCAUAGCCCGCCUUUUUAGAUCUAUCAUCUCCGGGCCCAGCGCUUCCCGGAAACGUCACGACGAGCCCUUCGAUGUUGAGGCAUUCCGGAGUAUGAAGAAACAUAUUACAGAUCUAACCGACGGACACCGCAGAGAACAUAAUGAAGAGUUUCUUGCCUUAGGAGGUGAGGGUGCUUGGACUUCAUCGAUAUCGCAGAGCCAAAAGUCGCCAUCCCCCCCCCCCCCUCUCCACACAACGUCAUCGAGUCAUUUCGAACCAAAGGGCGACCUUCCGAAGGCGCGCCACAGGAUUGUCUUCGAAUGUGUAGACGAGCAAGCACAUAUUAUCGGCGGGGCUCCGGACAUGCUGACAAUAGAGGAAACGCUAGACCUACCUAUAGAAGAUGAAGAUGCUUCUGUCAGUGAUCCAUCGCAGUUGGAUCUCCCCAUGAAGAAGACACAGUACAGGGCAACCAAUAUCAUGCAGGUAAGACAGAAAGACCUGAAUGGUAGCAAGAUCAGAAUCGGUCCCCAAGAAGGAAUUCAAAUCAGGUACUAUGCCUCUGAGAGCUCCGCCGAAGUUGAAAGGCUUACUUGGAAGAACACGGCGGCCCUUCAAUUCAAAGGCCACAUUUCCGAGAUCAAUCCUCAUGACAUAGACAAUCGGCGACAAGCUGUUCGCGCUCUGGGAACAGUAGACCAGUGGCUGCUCCCGCUGUCCCGCCAGCGCAGCGGUGGAAUCGGGCCCUUGAAGUCGGAUCCGAGCAGCCAAGUCAAGUCAGCAGCCGCCCUGGGCUCAGAGGCUGAGUCAAGGCGAGUCGUUCUGCAAGCGGUCCAUUCUGUCGGCGCUGUGGUGCUGUCGAUCAACUGCAAGAACAGGAACGGGCUAGCCGUUGAGGCUCCCCAGGUGAUCAUCGCCCUGUCCAACCUCGUCAUCCUCAUCCUUGGAUCUUGCCCGCGUGCCGUCGCCAGGCUCGAUUGA